GGACGUUAUUUUUGAGCCGGUGGUUUCAGAAUUUACCCUUGGAUUUUUGGUCGAGUGUAAUUAUUACGAACUUUAAUUUAUACGAGCUUAUCGAACAGUUUUGCGACUCUUGAAUAUACGCAUGCGUAUAAUUGAAAUCCAUAGUGCUUUCGGUAUUGUAACUGUUACAUAGAAGAUUUCGAGAAAAUGCCAAAGUCAAAGGAAUAUGUGUCAACCGACGAGGACAGCAGUGAGGAGGAUAUAAAGCCAAAGAAAAAGCAGAAGAGGACUAGGGAGGCUGAUGAAAAGGAGGCAAAACCAUCAAAGAAAGUGGAAAAAGAAUCUCGGGAGAAUGAGGAUACAGCCUGGGAUCUCGGAAAUAACCGUCAAAUUAGUGUACGAGACUUUAAAGGGAAACUGUAUGUCGAUAUUAGAGAAAUGUACUUUGACAAGGAUGCAAACAUGAAACCUGGAAAGAAAGGUAUCUGUUUGAAUAUGACACAGUGGCGGAAAUUACUAUCAGUAGUGGAAGAUGUUGACAAAGUAGUCAAAUCCAAAUGCUAAACGAUAAGCCAUGUCAUCAAUCAACAGCGUUAAUACAGUUUUCUACUUGCACAGCUACUUGGUAAAGAGAGUCAGUAUCUGUUAAGGCUCAAUAUUUUUAAUAAAAAAUUAUAAUUCUGUAAA